GUUUUAUACCAAAUUUUAUCUUCCCACUUUACCCUCAUUUAAAAACUAUUCAAUUAUAAAAAGAAAAAACCCUACAAUUUCUCAAAAAUCACUUAAACACACCUCUACUUUUCUGUACUCCCAAAUGGAGAGUUACAAAUGCAAACUUUGCACAAGAUCAUUCACCAGUGGCAGAGCACUGGGUGGCCACAUGAAAGCUCAUUUAGCCACCCUCUCUCACCACCACCGCACUCCUCCCUCUUCUUCUACCUUACUCUCAUUUUCAUCUUCUCGUGAAAAUUCAGAUGAAAAAAGUGUAAUCAAUCUUUCAGAUCCCAAGUUUUCAGAGUACAUUGUUCAUGACAGAGAGAGUGAAACCGAGUCAAAGAACACCACUCAGAAACGAUCCAACCGUAACCGAAUCAGAAACUCAGAACAAAAGAAGCUUAAACAGAGCUUAAUGGAUUCACAUUCACAUUCACCGGUUAGUUCGAUUUCCGAAACUUCUCCGGAAGAAGAACUUGCUAAAACUCUCAUCAUGCUAUCAAGAGAUAAAUGGAAGAUGGAUGUUUUUGUCAAAGAAGAAUCACAAUCACAAUCACAAUCACAGUCACAAGAAGUUGAAAGAUCAAAGGAAGAGAUCGAGUUCAUAAAGAAUAGUAGGAAGCAUAAAUGUGACGAAUGUGGACAGAGCUUUCGAAGUUCAACAGCAAUGAAAAGUCACAGAAACAUUUGUCUUCAAAAUGAAGUUGCAACAACAACUGGUGAUCAUAAAAUGUUCAAAUGUUUGGUUUGUUCUAAGGUUUUUGGUUCUGGUCAAGCCUUAGGUGGUCACAAAAAAUCUCACCUUCAUCCAUCUUCAAAGAAAAAACUCUGUUUCAUCGAUCUCAACUUGCCACCAUCGCUACAAGAAAUCGAUGAUAGCGACCAAUGUGUUUUUUAUGAGUAAAAAUUGUAAGUUUCAAAUAUUUACAUUCACCAAGCGCAUGGUUACAUUUUGUGAUCUUUAAAAUAGUUAGGUAAGAAAGAGCAUUUUAUUUUAAGUGUCUUUUAUUGUUUAGAUUAAGUGUUUUUGUUGGAACAAUCAUUAUCAAGAUAUAGGUUAUGAUUUAUGUUUUCACCAACUGUUUGAAAUAGGGUGGAUAGUUAUUGAUUUGAUAGUUUCCUUCAUUGUACUCAAUUUGGCUUCUCUUCUCAUAGUAACUAACUAGAUGCUUUCAAA